UGAGACAGUCCAGUCAGAAGCCAUAUUGGAAUCCGUGAAAUCGGUUUGCACUUGAUGGAACGCAGUAUCUGUCGUUUCGGGAGUCUUUAAAUCGUUAUCCCGGAUUCAAACCCGAGUAAUUGCGCCAAGCAUUCCACUUGACACCCUACCACAUCUGAACGGCAAGUUGUCUCGCUUCUUGUUUCGGAAAAAAUGAGUCCAACCGAUGCCAAACGCGGAGCUAAACGCAGGAAGAACAAGCGGGGCGGUGGCAGUAGCUGCAGCGCUAUCUGCAGCAGCACCAGCGGGGGAAAGGCCGGGGUCUCCUCGGCCCUCGGCUGUGCGGGAACACCAACACCUGCCUCUGUCGUCAGCUUUUUAACACCCACCAACACAGGCAGCGGGAACGUAGGCUCCGUUCCUGUCAUAAACGGAGAGGUCAAAGUGAACAACAGCGUUACACCACAGUUUUCAGAGGGGCCAGUGAAUGCUGACUUCUCUGGAGUCCUUCAGACCCCAUUCACCUUCGGUUUGAAUCAGCGGGCUCCCUACACAGCGGGUGAUCACUGCCUCUUAUGCCGAUGUGAGCGUAAAGACAGUGCUGUGCCUUCAGAGGCAGGUAUCUCAGGACAGAAUGGAACGGUACAGUCCAGCAAGUCACCCAGUGCGCUGCAGCUGCCACUGUGGGUGUGCUCUGAUUGCAGGCGCACAGUGGAGAAAGAGGACCGACAUACAGCUUUGGAACAGUCGCUGGGGAGUCAGGACUUCCUUUUGCACAUUCCUGUGGCUAAUGGAAACCUGGGCCAGCAAAAAGCCACAGGUGACAGAAUAACAACCACUCCACCAACGCUACCCAUGCUCCCAGCCCCAGACUUCACUGCACAGAUGUCUGCGGAUACAGUGUGCAGCUGUGAAGCUUGUAACGAAAGGCGGGAGAUUUCUGCAGAAUCAGAGCGGGAAUCACAACAGUUGCAGAAUCACUGGUCGGAGGUUCGCUACCUGGUCCGUUGCAUCUAUCGUCAGACUGGAACGCCGUUGGCUGAUGAUCAUGACCAGCCACUAGAGAAGGACAAAGAGAGCAUGAAGGAGCUGGUAGACAGACUUUGUGAGAAGGAUCCUUACCAGCUGUAUCAACGGCUGGAGCAGCAAGCGCGUGAAUACGUCUUAGAAAUGAAAGUGCGGUUGCUGAAGCACUUAUCCAGUGGUUCGAAAGCUUCAGGAACAGCAGUGACUGUGGUUGUUGCCCUAGGUCCUCCUCAGGCUCACCAGUUCAUCUCUCUGUUGCUGGAAGAGUACAACGCACUCUGUCAAGCUGCACGAGCCAUCAGCAGCUUCCUGCUCACCCUGGAGAACGUGCACCUCCAGAAAUUCCAGGUGACGUGGGAGCUACACAAUAAGCACCUUUUUGAGAAUCUGGUGUUCUCGGAACCCAUUUUGCACAGCAGUUUACCUGCAUUAGUUGCACAGCUCAAGCACGGCACAGCCUCCCAUGAUUCAUACAAUGAAGUCAUGUACAGGACCUUAUUGGAGAGCUACGAGCAGCUUCAGCAAGAGAUGGCCUCAGUGGCUGUUGAAUGGCAGGAGUGUGAGAAGAGGAUCGAUGAUUAUGUGGAUGAACAACUGCUUUUUAAAGUAGAGGGCCAGAGUCUUCCGAACCAAAGAACAGAGCCACACAAAUCUCUAAUUAGCAAAAAUACCUUGAAGAUUAAGCAGCGAAUGCUGAAGGAGGACUGGGAGUUCUUUAAGCAGAGACGGUUUAUAGAAGAGCAGUUGCCAAACAGUAAGAAGUCCACUGCUGGAGAUAACUUCACAGAUACUAUGAGAAUGCUGUCAUCUCGUCUGAAUAUUCCUGAUUGUCCGAACUGCAAUUAUCGAAGAAGGUGCACAUGUGAUGACUGUAGUCUGUCCCACAUCCUAACAUGUGGCAUCAUGGACUCCCCUGUUGCUGAGGAACUCCAUGUCAAGCUGCCUCUGCAAGGAGAACCAUCUCGGGACUAUCUCACAGAGGUCCACCCUCCCAGUCUUUCCUCUGGAAGUUCAGCAUCUGGCUCCAACUCUAGUUCACCCAUCACUGUUCAACAGCAUCCAAGGCUCAUUCUGCCUGAAGGCGAAGCCAACACGUUUGGUAGUGAUGAUGAUGAAGUGCCUUCACUGUCAAGUAAAUUUGGAACCAUCUACCCUAUGAGUGGUUAUGAACACAACAGUGUUGUUGCAACUGCUGUGAACGGCCUCCACAAUGACAUCAACGGGGCAGGCGGCAGUUUGACACGAAAGACGAUGUCUCCUCACAUUACCAGCAGCAGUAGUUCAUCAGAAGGCGAUGAAGAGGAGGUUGAUGGUGAGGUUGGUGGAGAGCCUUCAAGGCAGCAGAAGGAACUGUCCUCAGGAAAGGCCAACAGCUCUCCAUCUUCUUACAGCCAUCAACAGGUAGAACAGGUCCAGCAUGUCUGUGAGUGCCAUGUUUGUAACCAAGAUCCAAGUUCCACCACUCUGGGCCCAGUUACAUGCCUGCCACCUAGUCGACUCCACUCGACACCUUCACCAGCUGUUGGACACCAGUUCUUUACAGAUAGCAAGACUCCCCCUGCCCACCCUGCCCUGCAUCUCUAUCCUCACAUCCAUGGCCACCUACCCCUACACAACUUCUCCCGUCCUCUACUGCACCCUACGCUUUACCCUCCUAAUCCUCCUCUCACGCACAACAAGCCUCUUCCCUCAAACCCGACACUGAAUCAUUCAGUGGCCAAGCAGCCAGCCUUCAGCCCAUCGUUACCAGAGCACGUUUACCAGAACUGCUUUGGUGAGGCCGGUGGAACUGGUGAUUGGAACAGCUCACUGCAGUGCCUCUCGUUGAAGUUUGAGAACCUAUGGGAUGCUGCAGUGAUGAAGAGCUUGAAUCCCUCAGUCCUGCUCCCUGAGUCCCUUCCAGUAGACAUGCUUGGACCACCCCUCAAUGAUGUGCCCCUCCCCCCAUCAACAUCUGUUGGACCUCAAGGGGAACACCCCUCACUGCCCACUUCUCUACCGUCUUCCUCGUCGUCGUCGUCGUCAUCGUUGUCAUCGUGCUCCUCCUCAGAAGCCAAAGAGCAGAAGAAGCCUGGGGCCAAGAAGAAGUGUCUCUAUAAUUUCCAGGAUGCCUUCAUGGAUACCAACCGAGUGGUGAUGGCCACUUCAGCCUCCACAUCCUCUGUGUCCUGCACCACCACCACUGUCCAGUCAAGUGACCCAAUUCUAAAUCUAGGUAAAGAGGACCAUAGGCAAUCCACUCCAUCCACCCCUCGAAAUGGCUCCACAGGACUGAACUCCCUUCCUCCACUGUCAGCCCCUGCCCUGCCUCCGGCAGCCACAACACACCUACCCACAAUGGGAUCCCAACCCUUUCCAAAGAUGGCUGCUCCAGCCCCAGAUUUUGUGGAAGCCCACCAGGGUUUGUUCCUGCCUCCUGCUGAGCCUCCAGUUUCCUCAGCUGAAGGCCCUGCCAGUGCUCCACCCAGUGUCUGUAGUGAUCCUGACUGCGAAGGCCAUCGGUGUGAAGGGAAUGGAACGUAUGAGCACCAGGCAUAUGAUGGUGAGGAGAGCCAGGACGAGGACAGCUGCUCUGAACACAGUUCCUCCACUUCCACCUCAACCAACCAGAAAGAAGGAAAGUACUGUGACUGCUGCUACUGCGAGUUCUUCGGCCAUGGAGGACCUCCGGCUGCUCCGACCAGUCGUAACUAUGCAGAGAUGCGGGAGAAACUACGAUUAAGACUGACAAAACGGAAAGAGGAACAGCCUAAGAGAGAGGAGCAGCAGCCCGUGCUAGAACGAGAUGGAGGUGUGGAGGACCACAGGCGGGUGGAAGACCUUUUACAGUUCAUAAACAGUGCAGACAGUAAACCUGCAUCCAGUUCAAAGGCAGCCAAACGGGCCCGACAUAAACAGAAGAAGAUGGAGGAGAAGGCACGUCUGGAGGCAGAGGCCCGUGAAAGGGAGGAGCAGCAGCUGUUGGAGGAGCAGCAAAGGCAACAACGGCAGGAAGAUGAAGCACUUGAAAAGGAACUACUCCGGCUACAGGAGCUGCAGCAUCGUUCCGCAAAGAAGAAAAGGAAAGAGAAAGCUAAGGAGAACACGGCUCCCCCUCAAAACAGCCCUCAGCCCCUCAAACAGACAGCUCAAAACAUCUUAGAAAAUAUUCACAAUGGCAAGUCGCAACUUCUUCACAGUCUCAUCCGCCUGCCUGACCAGAAGGAGACCAGAUUUGACUCGGUGUCUCAGUCCAACACGCAGUACAGUACAAAAUGCAGCAGUGAGAAGGGGUUUUCCAGCAUUCCCAAUUCUACAGCCACCCUCCACAACGGCACUUCAGCAUCACAACUUGAAGUCAGCAAUAAGGUUAAGGCAAAGCAGUCUAAAAUGACCACUUCUGAGGCUACAGGAAAGAAACCCUCAGAGGUUUUCCAGACAUCAAACGAGACCACCUCCACUACGUCAGACACCAAAGCAAUGCAAAUCAGGGCUGUAGAGGCUCUUGCCCCUCUGCCAACCACUGAAUCCAGGAGUGAGGAAAGGAGGAUUAACAGGAGCUCCAGUGGAAAGAGGCAGCAGCAACCUUUGACUCAAAUAAAACAAGACAGGAGAAGUCCACUUGUUUCAAACCUCUCCCCCUCGCCCCCUCUAGCCCCCCAAUCUGAACAGAUCCAGCAUAAUGGCAAGCCUCCCAGUGCAGACUCCCCUCAGCCCAAGAGUAAGACAAAGAAGAACAAGAAGAAGAAAGGGGAUAAGAUGAACAACUCAAUAGAUGAUGUAUUCCUUCCCAAAGACAUCGAUCUGGAUAGCACUGAAAUGGAUGAGACUGAGAGGGAGGUGGAGUAUUUCAAAAGGUUUUGCUUGGAUUCUGCCCGGCAGACCCGCGAAAGGCUUUCCAUCAACUGGUCAAACUUUAGCUUGAAGAAGGCGACGUUCGCUGCACAUUGAGGCUGCUGGCGGCUGACUGUCAGGACACAGUCAGUACCUUAACUGUACCAACCCACACACGUUUCUCUCUGCCACGCACCCACUGUCCUCCCAGAACUACUGCUUCUGCUGUGUCCAAAUCACACCCAUGCUGCCUUGCUAUGUUCUUGCCGCUGUGUGGUUCCGCCACAGACCCAUCUGGACUUGAUCCACCCGCAAAAUUAAAAACAGAAAUUAAAACCACAAAAUGCUUCUUCUUCAUCUGAUUAAUUUUCAUUGGCGUGCUUGUGUGCUCUUCGUCUCGGGUGAGAUAGUAUCAACAGAAAAAGCCAUCAUCUGGAAUUAUUUUCUUAUACUGGCUUACCUGUAUUUAAAAAAAAAUGCUUACUACAUUUAGAUGGGUUCUGUUAAAAAAAGACAUGGAAAUGGCAAAAAACAACAACAAAGUGAUUAAUUAAAUGCUGUAUUUGAGAUAUUGUGGCUUACUCUCCGAUCGUUUCCAUCUCGGGCUUGUUCAGCUGCUGUCUACGCUCUGAUUCCCCACCACCUUAUUUCACAGAAAGCAGAACGGUUUAAUACUUGACAAUGUUUUAUUUUUGUUUUUUAAGUUAUGUUUAACAAACUGUUGAGUAAAAAUACUGAUUACAGUUUGUUUUUUGUUUCUGUGUGACUCUUAGCCAGCUUGUGUCAGAAUGAAUUUGGAAAGAGAACAAUACUCGCACUAUCAAUCUGUUAUAGAGUGUAUAUUGUAUUAACACUGAAGCCAGUCUGGCGACUUUUAACAUAUUGUUAAGUAAUAUUAAAUCUUGUCUUUCUUUUUUGAAAGAUGGAAUACAAUAGUA